GUUCCCAGCAUUCACCGCGGGAGGGUUGUGUAUCCUGGAUACGGCGGAGGAACAGAGACGGCGUAUUGUCACAUUCUGCUGCCUAUCUUAGAAUACACCGGGGUGCUGUAUGGGGGUGAUGUCAUGCCCACCGCAACAAGACUGACACCACCAUGGCUUCCCACAUAGAGAAAAUCACUUUGGGGAUUAGCAAGAUAUUAGAGUCGUCUCCUGGAGUGACGGAAGUGAAGUUUGAGGCCAUUCCUCCUGCUGAACGUCAGACAAUUGUCUCCUGGGAGCAGAAACACAAAUGUACAUUACCGGAAGAUUUGAAGAACUUUUAUUUAAUGACAGAUGGCUUCCUGAUGACCUGGUCUGUGAAAGUGGAUGACCGUCCCAUCCAGGUGGGCUCUAUGGUCAUUAAGAGCAUUUCCAAUCUGACCCGGCUGAGAUCGACCUCUGCCUGUUCCUUGCCUAACGCACCGACUUUAGAUGACCUGGAUGACGGCUCGGACGAGGAAGGACAUCCCGAUCGGCCGCAUUUUACUUCCAAGAACGUGAUAUUUGAACUGGACCCGUGUAAUGGCAAUGGGAAGGUGUGUCUGGUUUACAAGACGUCCAAACCUGGAGAGGUGACGCCUGACCCCAGCAUCUGGUUCCUAGACCGGGCACUCUACUGGCAUUUCCUGACGGACACCUUCACCGCUUACUACCGGUUACUUCUGUGCCAUCUGGGGCUGCCACAGUGGCAGUAUUCCUUUACCAGCUAUGGCCUCAGUCAACAGGCCAAGCAAUGGAUGAACAUGUACAAACCCAUCACCUUCAGCCCGGCCACCCCGCUGUCCGAGGAUCCGGAAACUUUCACCAACAAGCUGGACCCAAAUAAAAUCUUCAAGACCAAAAACAAAACUCCGGUGACAAAGAAAAAACUUCCCGGCCCAUCAGCAGGCCAGAAAUUAAAUCUCACCCCUUCCAAAAACCCGGCCUUGUCAGGGGCGGCAACACGAAAAUGACCCCCGAAAUCACCGUCUUCUGACCUCCGCUGUGGUUCUGCUACAUUGUGUUUAUUUAUUUACUUGUUGUGUGCAGGUUGUAUUUUUUGGUUUAAAUUAUGUUUGUUUUUUAUUUAAUUUACACUCCUGUUGAUGUUAUUACAUUAAAGCGAUGUGAACCCAA